GCGGGUUCCUCUAAUAACCCAUCGCCCCAACUGGUUUUGAGUAGCCUUUGACUUCCUAGCCGUCACUGUUCUCGUGCGCGACUUCUACCACUGCACCCUUUUCUAAUCGCACUUUCGCCCCGGCGUAUCCUCUCGUUUGCAGCUGCCUUUCACCGUCUGUCGCUUUCAGCCUCCCAGUCUUUGUGUACGAAAAGCUCUUCUUUCGCCACGACUUCAACCAACGAACUUAUUCCGUCACUCACACAAACGCCAUCACAAUGAAGAGCAUCGCCAUUGCUGCCGUUGCCGGCGCCCUCGCCACAACUGUUGCUGGCACUCCUGCCGCUCCCGUCCAGAAACGCGCUGAUGUCACAUCCAUCACCGUCAAGGGCAAUGCCUUCUGGAAGGGCAGCCAACGUUUCUACAUCCGUGGUGUCGACUACCAGCCUGGUGGUGCAUCUGAUGCAAAGGACCCCAUUGCCGAUGCUGAUGGCUGCAAGCGCGACAUCGCCAAGUUCAAGGAGCUUGGUAUCAACACCGUCCGUGUCUACACUGUCGACAACACUGCCGAGCACGACACUUGCAUGAACGCCCUCGCUGAUGCCGGUAUCUACCUCGCACUCGAUGUCAACACCCCCAAGUACUCGAUCAACCGCGCUUCUCCCCAGGUCUCAUACAACAAGGUCUACCUCCAGAGCGUUUUCGCGACCGUUGAGAAGUUCGCUGCCUACUCCAACACGCUCCUUUUCUUCUCUGGAAACGAGGUCAUCAACGACGACGCCACUACCAACUGCGCCCCUUACGUCAAGGCUGUCACCCGUGACAUCAAGUCCUACAUGAACGCUCGCAAGCUCCGCAAGGUCCCCGUUGGCUAUAGCGCUGCUGACGUCGAGUCCAACCGCUACGAAAUGGCCGACUACAUGAACUGCGGUGAGGAUGCUGUUCGCUCCGACUUCUACGCCUUCAAUGACUACUCGUGGUGCGACCCCAACACCUUCACCGGUGCUGGUUGGGACCAGAAGGUCCAGAAGCUCAGCAACUACUCUUUGCCCAUCUUCCUGUCGGAGUUCGGUUGCAACACCAACAAGCGUCAGUUCAACGAGGUCAAGUCUAUCUACAGCACCGACAUGUCUUCUGUCUACUCCGGUGGUCUCGUCUACGAGUACUCUCAGGAGGACUCCAACUACGGUCUCGUUGAGAUCAGCGGCAACAGCGUCACGGAGCUUACAGACUUCACCACUCUGAAGAAUGCCUACGCCAACGCCACUGACCCCUCCGGUGACGGUGGUUACAAGUCCAGCGGUUCUGCCUCCGUGUGCCCUACCGAAUCAAAGACCUGGAACGUCACUAUCAGUGCUGACCAGCUCCCUGCUUUCCCCAGCGGUGCUAGCGACUACCUCACAAACGGUGCCGGCACUGGCCCUGGCCUCAAGGGCUCCGGUUCCCAGUCCUCCGGUUCCUCAUCGACCGACUUGGCCGGCGCCGGUGACGGUGCUGUCACUUCCGGCGCUGCUAGCGGCACCACCGCCACCUCGUCGGCCAGCAAGGGUGCUGCCUCCUCUCUCCGCCCCGGUGAGUUCUCUUAUGCUCCCCUCGCCAUGGGCGCUGUCGUCCUCGUCUCCUCCCUCUUCGGUGGUCUCCUCGUCCUGUAAGACCAGCAAUCAACUGAGCAAGGCCAUUCUUCCAUAUCUUUGCGCUGUAUGAGAGCACAGGCAGGAUGUAAUGCAAAGACCCAGUGCGGGCAAUGUUUUACCAAUGUUAAACUUUCCUUGGUGUUGUCGGAUCGUAAUGAUAGCCGGCCUGGCGUUUGACUAGAUUCGAUCACUUGGUCGUUGCAUAUAAAUAGAAAUCAGAAAGAAAGUUUGAAAAUACUCUAUUCGUAAUGCUGG